GGCCGCGCCCCCCGUCUUUAUUCCGUCUAUCCCCCGGGCACCUUUUCGUUGUCUCCGGAACCGGGGAAUUCUGCGGAAUGGGGCGGGACCAGGGAUUUGGGAGCGAGGCGUGGCGCGGAUAAGCCAAUGAGUAUGCGGCUUGGAGGCUCCGCCCCCGUCACCGCCUCUUGCUGGGGACUAAGGCCAAAUGUAGAGGCUGAGCCUAGAUUCCGAAUGGGCCCUCAGCUGUAUCACCUCGGACAGUCAGAGCGUCCGUCCCAGAUGACUAACACCUACCAUGGCCUAGUUAUGAGACUCCCUAUGCCUGGGCAGACAGGCCACACUGAUCACAAUGGAACUCCAUCUCCUGUCUCUUGGGUUGACUCUCCCUCUGCCAAGCACUUCCUGCUGACUUCAGAAAUCUCUGUUCUUUCAAGACUGAGCUCAUGUGCCACCUUGUGUGCCAUCCCACCACUGCUAGUGCCCUCCUUCCCAAGCUACCUGUGAUUAAUGGAUUCCUGGAAGCUGACUUGCAGCAAUAUAUAGAAAUGUUUUUCCAUAUGAGAUCUAUAAGAAGGUUAUGUCUAGAGAACAUAUUACCCCCCUGGCUUCUUCAGUCGAGAACUCUCUCAGGAGCUGAGGCUGUAAAUGCUCUGAGACCUUUCUAUUUUGCAGUGCACCCAGAUUUCUUUGGACAGCAUCCCAGAGAGAGGGAAAUCAAUGAGAAUUCUCUGAAGAGAUUAAGUGCCUACUUGGAGAACCUCCAGAAACCAGGUUGGAAGACUUUGAAGCCAACUCAGCUCACUUUUUAUGUGAGAGAAACCGAGCAGACGACCUUGGAGGGCCCCGAGCUGUUGAAUUCGCUAGGGUUUCGAGCCGUCACUUUUACUUUGCACAGCAGAGACCUACUGAACACCGUCUUAGAUAUUCUCAACUCCUGUAACUUAUCCACCGAGCACAUCCAAAGUAUGAACACUAAUGUGACCUCCCAAGCACCCAAGGGAGCCAAAAGGACAUUCGACAGACCUAUUAAAUGGGACAAGACUUACUACUCCUUUACUGGAUUCAGAGACCCUGAAGAAGAACUGGAGAAAGUCCAAAAAAUGGAAACGUCUCUUAUAUCCUGGUUAGAUAAUAAUGAAAAAAGUGCCAUUAAGAAGCUGACCGAUAGUUUGCCACUUAGAGGGGAAUUGGAUCGUUUGAAAGAAGAACUGUCUCAUCAGCUCCUGCUUUCAGAUAUCAGGUGGCAGAGGAGCUGGGGAGUCGCGCACCGCUGCAGCCAGCUCCAUAGCUUAGGCCGCUUAGCUCAGCAGAACCUGGAGGUCCUGCAGAACAUCAAAGGUUGUACCAUCAUAUUCACAGACCGGUCAGGCAUGAGUGCCCUGGGCCAUGUCAUGCUGGGAACCAUGGAUGUUCACCACCACUGGACAAAACUCUUCGAGCGCCUGCCCAGCUACUUCGACCUCCGGAGAAGGCUGGUGCUUCUGGAGGAACAGAUCAGCCAGCUUCUGGGCGGCCUCCAGGUGGUCUACUUGGAGGAGCUGCAGCCCGCAAUGACCAUCGAGGAGUACUACUCGGUGCUGGACUGCUUCCACGGCCGCCUCCUCCAGAGCAGGGUCCCCUUCCACCCGCGCAGCCUCCGGGGCCUGCGCAUGAUCCUGGACAGCGACAGGUACACCCCCAGUCUGCACGAGCUGGGCCACUUCAACGUCCCCAUCCUGUGUGAUCCCGUCUCCCUCCAGUGGUUUCUUUUCACCAAAGCGGCCCAGGCCAGAGACAACAUGAAAAAAAAGGAGGAGUUAAAGACGAUUGAAAACGACUUGAUCGAUGCUUCGGUGGAGAAAUUUUCUCUGCAAAAGCUGUACAAGGAGCCGAGCAUUUCGAGCGCGCAGAUGAUCGACUGCUGCAAGAGGCUCCUGCAGCAGUCGCUGCCCUCCCUGCAGGGGAUGCACCUGUGCGUCUCCCACUUCUACGCAGUGAUGCAGGACGGAGACCUCUGCAUUCCCUGGAACUGGAAGAGCUGAGGCGGGCGAGGAGGCCGAUGCCCCCCCUGUCGCCAGGACUCCUCCUGGCCGGAGCCCCGGAGCCGAGGCUGGCCGGGCCUGUACAUAGAAGGCGCUUAAUAAAUGUCGGUAGAACCGAA